CAUUUCGGCGAAAUUCUCAUAAAAAGGCCUAAGAAAUGUCUUAUCGCAAACAUCCACGGACAGGCUUCUUCCUAGAUCUACAGGUGUUUUUGUGUUUCCUUUGGCAUGAAGCAUCACAGUAGGAAGUACUCGCCACCGCGCCACUGCGCCGUCGGGUCGCCGCUAGAGGUGCCUCAGCUGAAUCGAUUACCGACCUUUCGGGUGGAAGAAGGUAACCUGAUGGAGAAGAAUUCACAGAAAGCCAAAUCCAAAAUGCGCAACGCGAAGGUGAAGGCGGUGAGGAAAGCUCCGUCUCCCAAAAUGCCGCGCGUCUCUCCAAAGCCCGUGCAAAGCGACGCGCUUCCGAAGGUGGCAGAGAACGGAGGAGCCGGACAGCGGUCCAGAAAGAGGGGCUUCAAACCCCCAGAUGUGAGGACGAUAUUCGACCCGCGCGUGAAGGUAGAGAGAGGAGAAGGACACACGUUUUGUGAGGACGCGACGGACGCUUGGUGCGAUGUGUGUUGCUCGUAUAUCUUUCAAGAUGGCUUGACAUGCACGGGUUGCAAAUACACAUGUCAUGCUCAGUGCCGUGACCAGGUGGCGCUAGACUGCCAUCAGAAUGGAUCCUUUAAUGGCUGCCCACUCAGCGCUCUUGCUCAGGACCAUCUUAACAACAACCAGUCCUCACACGGCGAUGUGGAGAAAGAGAAAGAACUGCGCACUCAUCUCACUCACGAGGAGAUCAGACAGAAGGUCGAGCAGUACAACGCAGACUCACGUGACCACUUUAAAAUGACACUGAGUGCUAAUGGCAUGUACACAGGCUUCAUCAAGGUGCAGAUGGACCUACGGAGGCCCAUCACAGUGAAAGGAGGCGGGGCUGGAGGACUCAAAGGUCAAGAGGCGUUUUACCUUCCGCGCGGCUCCAUAAACACCCUGCACAUCAGCAGCACCAACACGGUGCGACAGGUGAUCGAAGCCCUGCUGAAAAAGUUCACCGUGGCCGACAACCCAGCCAAGUUCGCCUUGUUCAAACGCUUCAGCAGAGAAGAUCAAGUGUACACCUGUAAGUUGGCAGAGGAAGAACACCCUCUGUUCCUGCGUCUGGUGGCGGGACCCAGCACUGACACGCUCAGCUUUGUCCUGAAGGAGCAGCAAACCGGGGAAGUCAUGUGGGACGCCUUUUCCAUCCCCGAACUGCAUAACUUCCUCCGAAUCCUGGAUAAAGAGGAACAGGACCAGAUCUCGUCAAUAACCAAACGCUACGACACCUACAAAGAGAAACUGGAGGAGGCCAUGAGAGCAGUGGGCGGCCCGGGUUAAAGCUAACAUGCCGAGAGAAGGAACUGUAGCACUGCUGCCUCUAGUGGUCACUGUCUGUAAUGAACACUAUUAGGUGUCACUGUGCCAAGUGGACACCCUGUCUCAGAAACUCAGAGGAGAGCACUGACCUCCCAGAAUGCACCUCAGGUGCCAUAUUUACCCUUCCGCCCUCUCGUGAUCUUUCACAGUUUCAGCCGUCACAGUUAUUUCUCAUGUUUUCUGUUCUUUUACCUCCUGAAGUUGUGAACGAUGCAAACGUGAAAUUUUGUGUUUUUUAUUUAAUUGUUGGAUGCUGUGGUUUGUAAAUAUUACUGUUUGUUGUUUUAAUUUAUGUGGGUGAAGUUUUAUUCUUUUGUUUAUUUUACUGAAAGAGUCUUAUUUUAUUUCAUAUAUGCUUACUGACCAGAAACUGAUGGAAUUGGGGAUUGUUUUUGUUUUAUAUUAAAUACCAAUUGACUCAUAAUGUGCCCUACCAAAGAUAGUGUUGGCAUUUGAUGUGCUGUUGACAAACGUAGCAUGUGACCAAGAGCUGAAAACCAUGUGAGACCAAACAGGACAGGAAGAGUAUGUUUGUGAUGGAAAAGAUUGAAUGUGAUGAUGUAGGGGCAGGAAAUGAGGACUAAAGCAAUGUAGCAUGUCAUGAUCAUUAGUUGCUGAACGCAUGGCAUAAAUGCAAAUUAAAAACCAAACUUGCAUUUUUUUUUAAGUCAGAAAAGUGUGCAUAAGCAUUCUUAGGUGAUGUGCUGGAAUUGGAACUGAACGAAUUUCAGGAAGUUGGAAAAAGGAGCAUAGAGGAUGUUGGAAAGUAUGCGGGAAGUGUCACGCAGAGAUUGACUUCUGCUCAAGAUCUGACUGAUGUUAGUCAGGGUCAGACGCUCUUUCUCAGUGAAUGAUGGGUCAUGAUGACCUGGUUUGAGCAGAUAAUUACAGUCAGCAGGGCAUUCAUUGUUCAGUAAUGGGUGCCACUUCUCAUCAACCCAUUAAAGAGGACGUCUUUGAGGCAAAUGACUGAAUAUAUAAGUAAUGAAGUUGUUUGUUUUGAUGCUACAGCCUGAAAAUAGUAGAUUUCAGCUACGUCUGUCAAAGUUCUGCUUAUUGCAGUGUAAUCUUCAUUUCUUUCUGUGAUUUAUGAAUAUUUGUAUAAUCACACUGGUCUGAUUUGCAGUCGCAGGAGGAUGCAAAGUUCUGCCAAAAGUUUUUUACAUGUGCAUUUCUUCAUGGCAUGGAGAUGUAGCUGAAACCGCUACUAUUAUGAGGUACAGUAAAAUAAACAGACAUGUUUUUAAAGGGUUAGUUCACGCAAAAAUAAAUUUUCGGUCAUUAAUUAUUCACCCUUAUGUCAUUCCACAUCUGUAAGACCAUCGUUCAUCUUCUGAACUCUUUCUCUGUGGGGAUAAAAAAAACUCGGAUUUCAUCAAAAAUAUCGAAGAUGAACAAAGGUCUUACGGGUGCGGAACGACAUGAGGGUGAGCAAUUAAUGACAAAUGUCAUUUUUUAGGUGAACAAACCUUUAAUAGUCAGUGCUACUUUGUCACAGCAGCACACAAGGUCAAAGCUAAUUACGAUGAUUUUAAAUGAUACUUGUGUAUCAGUAGUAGGCGGUUUAAUAAAUAUAUAUAUAUAUAUAUACUCAUUUAUAUUUGAAUUUCUGUAUGCUAGUGCUGCAUGACGGUUUUCUGAUGGGUACUGCAACAUUGAGUCUAUUGUGACACAUGCAUAGCGAGGUAGCGACACCUUGUGAUCAACUGCUGUAACUACAUCUCUGCAGUCUUAUGUCUCCCCUAUGUCGGUUAAUUCAAUUGUCUUAUUAGACACGGAUUGUGUGCUUUUUUUUUUUUUUUCUUUAUUAUUAUUGGUUUUAUAACCUCUAACCAAAGAUAUAGUUAAAAUGCAUAGUUUAAUUUAAGUUUGAAACCAAUUGCCUGGUGCAAUCAGUUUGUACACCUCAAUAAACUGAGGUUAAAUUACAAUAUCUAUCUUGUUGAAUGGUUUUACCAUGGCAACUUUAAUUGUAAACACUGGGGUAAAUAUAAAUUAGAGUGAUUUGUGUACUUGUUGUGUCAGUAUAACAUCACAACAGUCUCAAUAUAUGCAACCGAAGAGGAUUUGUCAGGGGAAUAAGACCAGUAAUUUUAUAAAUGCUUUUUGGGCACUUUAUGUUUUAAUUCAGGGAAUUAUUUUGAUUUAUUAGUCUUCAUCAGAUGCCUAUUGUCUUCCACUGUUUUUAAGCGGCAUUGCAUCUAGUGGAAGCUGAGUUAUGUUUUAUGAAUUUUUUUUUUUUUUUUUUUUAAUAAUUAAAGCUGUUUCAGUACUUGAUUUUUUUUUUUUUUUUUUCAUAAACAAGCUUUUGUUUGUAGAGUAAGACUGUGAAUGAAUGUUAAACUGUAUUCAUGUGUAGUAAAGGGGUGUGGAUACGAGUGAACUGCUUCAAUAUUUUUAAGUAUACGUGCAUGUGUUAUAUUAAUUCAUGCAUAUUUUAUGGCUGUUUUAGGACAUCACAGGCCAGUGUUGUUGAUCUUUUUGUUCAACAGCAUAGUUAGACAUAGUUUGCUCACGAAACCCAUACUCUGUAUUUGCCAAAAAAUUCUCAUUUUGUUCCACAGUUGUAAUUUUUUUUUUUUUUUUUUUUGUGAUGUUUAUGAAUGAUGUAAGUUUCAUACAUCGAAGAUGAAGUGAGGACUCUUGGCAGAAGUGGCAUGAUUAUUGUCCUUGAGUUUUAAAAGAGCUUCACUAAAUAUUAUUACAUUAUUAGAAUCCAAAUGAAUCCAGAUGUCAUGCAUUUUUGACGAUGAUGGAGGUUGUUUAAGGGUUUGUAUUGUUACCAAUCGUGGCCUUUCUUGUUAAAGACAUGGUUUCUUUAAAUAAAGAUGAAAUAUUUCUCAA